CAUCCCCUACAUAACGUUUUUAUCCCUCAUAUUCUGCCCCGUUUGGUCCAACAUUUUUGGGUUUCCAACCACCCAUUGCAAGACACGUCAGGAUGGUGUACGGCCUAUCGGUGAAUUUACAGCUCACAUGCUCCCCUGUACAAGCUUUGCUGCCUCUUGAGUAAACAUGGGUGUGGUGGCGGACAUCCACCUGGACGGCGCUCCUGGUGAGCGCCCAGAUGUCAGCCCAUGUAUAGAUGACCCUACAGUCUCGGGCCCCGACGGCAGUGGUCCUGAUGAAGUUGAUGAAUUCAAGGACCGCAAGAUGUCUUUCUAUGAUGAUAGAGGGGCUGCUCCUGCGACACAGUUCAGCUUCUUUACAUCGCAGCUGGAUUCUGUUAUCCAUUCGUCCACGAUCCAGUCCUUGCGGUCGUUCUAUAAGCCCUUUGAAACGCUGCUAGACACCACGGAACAUUCUGGGCUAUGGUGGCUCGAUGUAACCUGCCCUUCCGAUGAUGAUAUCGAAACACUCUCGCAGAUCUUUGACAUCCAUCCGCUCACGACCGAGGACAUCAAAAUGCGAGAGUCGCGAGAGAAGAUCGAACUGUUCGGCCGGUAUUACUUUCUUUCCCUGCAGCCGGCCCGGCAAGUUGAGGCGGUCGAUGGCACUCGAUCUUCUUCUCCCAAUGUGUACGCUAUCGUUUUCCGUGAGGGUGUCCUCAGCUUCAAUUUCGGCAACAGUCCCCACGGGGGUCAUGUCCGAAAUCGGGUCAAGGAGCACCGGAGCCAUCUAGCACUGACCAGUGACUGGAUCUCCUAUGCCCUCAUCGAUGACAUCGUUGACGGCUUCGCGCCUUUUAUCAAUCGCGUCCAAGCCGGCGUUGAAUUGAUCGAAGAUGAUGUUUCCAUAACCCGACCGGAUGACAUCGGUCUAGCACUUCAACGGAUUCAUCGAUAUCGUAGAGAAGUCUUGCAAAUUCGCCAACUGAUGAACGACAAGACCGACGUCAUCCGCUGCUUCGAUCGCCACUGCGGCUCGUUUGGUCCCUCCACCAUGGACGUCACUCUCUAUCUCGGUGACAUCCGUGACCACGUGCUUUCCAUGAUGGCCGAUCUGUACAAUGCGGAGCAGAUGCUGUCACGGGCACAGGAGAAAUAUCUGAGUCAGCUGGCGUUCGAUUCGACGCGCAUGCGAAAUGACAUUGCGGCGACUCUUAGCCGGCUGACGGUCAUUGGCGGGAUCAUUGUGCCAAUGCAGUUUCUCAUCGGUCUCUUUGGUAUGAAUGUAACUGUCCCGGGCAACACUCCGGAGGAUGUGGACUCCCCACCCGUCAAUUGGUGGUAUGGUAUCUUAGGUGUGAUUUUGGGUUUGAUCUUUCUGGGUUUGAUCACUGCAAAACGGCUCCGAUUUAUUUAGAUCCUUGCGCUUGACUCUGUAGAUGUGUGAUUCAGGAUAUAUAUUGUUUAGUAAAGGAUACCUAUAUAGAUUAGAACAAUGAAUGACUUGACUACGACGCCCCUAGGGUUUAACGGUCAGCAGAUGUUAGAUAGAACAGCAGGCCAUGUGCUUCGCUAUCAUGACUAAGCCAUACGAGGUUAUAAGUGGCUUCCCUGGGAGUAUAUGUCCACUCUUUAGUCUUUUGACUAGUCCAGAGGGGAAUGUCAUACUUUCAAUAGG